AUGGAAAAACGAGGACUCUACGGUGUCCUGUGUUAUUUGAUUCUUAAUGCCCCCUUGAUAUUCUAUGUACACGCAACAUUUACUGAAGUGCCCAAAGAUGUAAGCGUCGACGAGGGGGAAGACAUAGAGAUGCCGUGUGCUUUUCGGGCUGUUGGCGCUUCACCCUUCUCCCUGGAGAUCCAGUGGUGGUACCUCAAGGAGGCAGCCCCAAGAGAACUUGCACACGAGCUGCAAAUUAGCGCCACGGCGAGCAGAGCCAAGGCGGCUCCCAAGGAUGCUACCAAAAUAAGCACCGUGAGGGUCCAAGGCAACGCUAUUUCCCACAAACUAAGCCUCUCCAACGUACGCAAGGAUGACGAGGGUGUGUACGAGUGCCGCGUUUCAGACUUGUACUCUGAAGAGACUCAGGAAUACAAAGUCCAGGCCACUCUACGGGUCAACCCGCGAGACGGCAUGGUGAACGAGGAGGCCGUGUCUCACAUCCAAAACGGCUUACCCCUGCGGAACAACAAUAAUGCGGCCGGGGGACGGGCCAUCUCAGAGGUGGAUCAGGGUCAGGGAAAGCCGUGGGUGCCUCCUCUGGCCGGCAAUGGUCCUGUUUCCCCCUCCACCACGACAACAGCCUCUGCAGCAAAGUCCACGGCUUCGCCGCGGCCCGGUAAUGCGGCCAUACUCCGACAGCAGCACGGAGCCGGUUCCGCAGCCAUGGCGACCACCAGUCCUGUGCUGUGCUUCAUCCUGCUGCUGCUCCAUAAGCUCCUCCCCUUCCUGCUAGCCUACUAA